GGAGUUUCACAUGUCAGUUGGUUCAGCUGUUCAGACUUCCCUGCAUGUGAAGAAGGUCCAGCAGCCUCUCUGGGUUUAAAUUCAGCUUUCGAGGAGAGACAUGGCGCUGAUGGGGAUUCAGCUGGUGGUCAGCUUGCUGGCCGCCAGCAUAAUGCAGAGGAUGGCUCCGCAUUGCUCCUUUGCGCGCUGGCUUCUCUGUAAUGGCAGUUUGUUUCGGUUCAAACACCCGUCAGAAGGAGAGCUGUGUGCAUUGGCUGGGAAACAAAUGCCAAAACAAAACAGGAGAGACAGGAGACAAAAUGGGGAGAACAAGCCUCUGACUGUGCCCAAGGACAUUGACCUUCACCUGGAGAAAGCUCCUGUCAACACCAUUGAUGCCCUUGUGCUGCGUUUUUUCCUGGAGUACCAGUGGCUGAUAGAUUUUGCAGUUUAUGCAAUGGGUGUCUACCUGUUCACUGAGUGCUACUACAAUGUAGUAGAUGCCAGAAAAGAGGUCAAUAUUGGAGCUAUCUGGUGUGUCCUGACUGUGCUCUUUGGUCUAAAGACCCUUCACACCCUGAUGAGCCACUACUUCCGCUCUGAAGAGGGUGGCGAACGCUCUGUAUGUCUGGCCUUCGGUUUUCUGUCUCUGCUUGUGGCUAUGCUGGUUCUUGUAGUCAGGGAGGAAUACUUGGAGUUUGGCCUGGAGUCUGGCUUUUCCAGCCUCUUUGACAACUUGGAAAUCUUUGCAAAACAGCAAGGCUAUGCUGACUGGUCGAUCCCGGUGACCAAGCUGACAGUGAAGCUCGGCCUGGCUGCUGUCUGUGCUUAUAUUGGAUCUCUUCUGGCCUUCCCUGGCCUGCGACUGGCUCAGACUCAUCUAGAUGCUGUGCAGAUGAACUCAGACCGCCCACUCAUCCAGAUUCUGCUGCACAUGGGUUUCUUGUCUCCCAUUUUUGUAUUGGUUCUUUGGGUGAAACCCAUUGCAAGAGACUUUCUGGCAAAUGCCCCAAUGGGGAAGACCUCUGUCACAAUAGUUCCAAGCGCUGUGUUUGACAGCAUGCGCCUUUGGAUCAUUGUGGUUUUAUGUUUGUUGAGGCUAGCGCUGACCCGUUACCACCUGCAGGCCUACCUCAACCUGGCUCAGAAGUGGGUUGAGCAGAUGAAGAAGGAGGCGGGUCGCAUUGCUGCAAUUGACAUUCAGAGAAAGGUCACUCGUAUCUUUUGCUACCUGACAGUUGUUACUCUACAGUACCUGAUUCCUAUUCUUCUCAUCCUCUUCUCCACGCUGUCACUCAAGGCAUUAGGGGACUUCUCCUGGGGCCCUGGUGCAGAUGACACCCCUGGGGUGACACCUGCUCUGGUGAUGCCGACAGCAGCACCUGUGCUGCCCGGCAGUCUUGAUGAAGAUGAGGAGGGGGUGGACGACAUGGAAGAGGACAUCCAGGCAACAGUAGCACACCUGUCAGAGGUCUUCACGGCGCUGCGGUCUGUCCUUACUCCACUUUUCUUCAGAGGUUUCUUUGCCUUCCUCACCUGGUGGGUGGCUGCCUGCCAGGUCAUCAGCUCUCUUUUUGGCAUCUACUUCCACCAGUACCUUAUGCAGAACUAACCGAGGAAAACAGUGACAUACUGUUCGACCUGCACUGCAAUCCCAGCUGCCAGCUGUUGUUACACUGUUGAAAAGGAUAGCUGCAGGCAGCGAAGGGGAACUUCAUUAAAACAGACAAUGAGAGGCAGAACGCACCUUGGUUUUCCUGUAACAGAAGUUCUGAUGAAGUUUGCUUAAGAUUCAGAUUGGUGACUGUCUGUCCAUUUCAAAAGCCUAUUGGUUACUUUUCUUGCUCCUAUGACUUUUAAUGACCAGCAGGCUACUGGUAUCAAUAAUACAAAUAUACAGAGAGCACUGGAGGCUGUAUCACAAAGCAUGUUUGACUUAGUCUGACUCUCUUUGGGUGCUUUCACGUCACUGCGCCAAAUAUUGGUCAUUCUUCUCAUUUUAGAAGCUGGUUUUGCAAAUUCAGCGUCAUGUUAUCAUACAUUCAGAGUGGGACAACAAGCUUAAGGAUCAGACACAGUAAUAUAAUCAUAACUAAGUGUAAGGAUUCCAGGAGAUCAAGGAUUUUACCUUUUUUUAAAUGUUUGGCAUUGUAGUGAAGAGACUUAUUUUAGUGCUUUUUUUUUUUUUUUUAAAAAUGGGUACUUAAUAUUAAGUGACACACUUGUGGCUUAAAAAGAGGACACGAUAAGCCUACUGAACUUAUUUACAUGCAGUCCUAUGAUGUUAAUUAGUUUGUUGUUCAAAAGUAGUUAAACAGAAUUAAAUCUGUCAAAAUGGACAGAAUCCUUGAAAUUGGGUGUUUCGAAUGAAAAAGGGUAACAUGAAGUUAGAUUAGAUAAUCUGAUCUGUUGAUCUGAUCUGGAGAAAACCUUUAUUCUGAGUUGAUCAAAACUCAUUAAUAGGAUUAGGAUGACUUUUAUGCCCCAAAAAUCAAAAUCUUAUGAUCUGAUCCCAGCAGAGGGCUGAAUUCACACAGGGAAACAAAUGUCAGAGAACUUAUAAAGCUGAAUACAUUUUUACUGAAAAGGUGAAAUUUUAAGCUUUGUAAAAAAAAUUGUGCCAGAAUGUUGUUUUGUGUAAUUUGUGUGUAAAGUAGUUUUAUAGAAAUAAUGGAUUUUAUCCCCAUAAACAAAUUUGACCUAACAGUGACUCAGAUCAGUGGUCCCCAAACUUUUUUUUGCGCCACAGACUGAUUUCAUGACCGACAACACUUUCAUGGACCAUCCAUCAAUGUGUGGGGGAUAAAUACACAGAAAUCAAAUGCUACAAAUGGCAUAAAACAAAGUGCUUAAAAAAACUGAACCUCUUAAAGUUGAAUAAUGCGUUAGAAUCACCUCUCACUGUAAAGCCAUAAUUUAAGUAGCACUCCUGAUAAUGUCUUUUAAAUGUAGCCUUUGUUUUCUUGGCAGUCGUAGGCUUUACUUCUGUUUCCUCUUCAAGCCUCAUUCCCUUUACAAAGAAGCUCUCCAACAGUGUUUGUUUUUUACUCGUUUUAGCUAGCUUGUGGGCUUAAUUUUUGGGUCUCAUGUGACCAAGACAAGUGUCUAGGUUCAUGUCAGUAUGUCAAAAGGUGGACGACAUAACGCAAGGGAUUUUGGUAAUUUUUCAAAAUAAAACCUCUUUCAGACUCUGAAAGUCAAUAAAAUGGAAAAUUAAAUAAAUCAUUUUUUCUUUCUCUGUGGCUUGGCACCAAAUAACAGACUGGUACCGCUCCUCAGCCUGGUGGUUGAGGACUGCUGAUUUAGAUGGUUUUUCUGUUUGUGUGUCUGUUUGCCCCCACUGGACAAAGUGUGUAAUGUAAAGUCUCCUAAAAUGUUUGAUAAUCUUUCAGAGCCUGUAUUUGGAUGAGGUUGAUCUUAUUCGGUGUGAUAUACCUUGGAGUGAUCCGCAUCCUCUGGAUAAUUCUGAUCUGGAUUAAGCCUUUAGACCAGCCGAGUCCUGCAGUAAACCACGUGUAACUACACUGAUCCACCUGAUUCAAAGGGAUCCAGCUUCUCGAUAAAGAAAAACAAGUCAAGCCCAAGGAUUAUCAGCCAACCCUUGCUUUGUCUUGCCAAGUCUUUCUUUGUGAUACAGUCUCAAAUCAUCCUCUGAAUACUCAGCUAAAUAUUUUUCUGUAACUUUUCAGAUGAAUCAAACCAGUGUUAUCUGACUUGUUAAAUGCUGCAUAUAUGUAAGAUGUUUAAUGAUAACGGGAAGUUUUAGUACUUCAUCCCUGUCAGGAUAUGUUUGUUUGUUUUUGUGAGGGACUGUUUGUCUCUCUUAAGGAACCGAUUCAAGAGUGCUAAUUUUUAAAAAUAUUUUUUUGCUGUGUUGAUUUUUCAUUGCAUAUAAGUAGUAAAGGUGAUAUCUGUGCUUUUGAGCAAAUACAGAGUGAACCAGAGCUGUUGCUUUUUAUUUUGUUUUUUCCUCCAGAAUUUCUAAGUGCCUGGGAGCUCAGGGAUUUUGAGUCAACUUUGAAAUCUCCGUUCUCUCUGAUAAAACAUUUAAACUGAGCAGAAGUUUUGAUAGUUCAAAGAACGACUUGUUUUUCUUUUAUUUUCCCACACUACUCACUGAUGACAUUUUUAGUUGCUGUGUCUUAACUCCUUUGUAUGUUUUGAAGAUUUUCUCUCGCUGUUUUUAUAGCGCAUCAGUCAAACCUGUACAAAUGACCCAAGCCCUCUUAGGGUAAAUUUUGCAUCAGUUGAUAUUAUUUAUUUAUUUAUAUUACACAUGCUCAAAUUUCUUCCACUUAGAGAUGAUACUGAUGCAGAAACUCUUUGCUUUUUUUUUUUUUUUUUAAUUCUGUUUGUUUUUUAGUGUGUCUUUUAGAUAGUGAAUUUGAAUUGAAUGCUCUGAAAUCAUACUGUGAAUAUUGUUUCAAACAUUGCUUUUUUUUAAAGAUUUUCAGGAUGCAUGGUGUGUAAAGGUUUUUUGUUUUUGCUGUAACCAGAUUGUUUUGUGUGUGUAUGGCUCAAUAAAAUCUUAGUUUCAGACUCA